GCGGCCAGCGAGCGGGUCAGUCCACGUCCGCCACUGAUCGCAAGAUGACGCUCCCGGAGCUGCCCCUCAAGUGGAUUCUGAUGGCGAUGCUGCUCCUGGGCCCCAGCCUGGCCCAUCCGCAGCAGUUUCUGCUGGCCGAGGACUUGAUAACGGGAACGGGUUCCGGAACAGGAACAGGGACAGGAGUAGUUACCGGAACCGGAAAUGCUGCCAAUCCCUUGCCCAUUAACGAUCCUUCGGAUCUAAGCGCUGGCUUAAACUUGGCGCCUGUUGGCAGUCUGAUUGCGGCAGCUGCGAAUGCCGUGCCCCCUGCCCCCGUUCAAUUUAUUCGCACGGCCAUGAACAGCGGGCUCUGACCGCCAGGUGGCGCUAACCUGGAUUCUUGCCCACCCCAAAAAUAAUUAUCUCUAAUUUUUAAGCGCCUUUUUAAGCACCACUUUUAAUUACUUUGUUAAGCUAUUUUUUUUUUGCGUUUAUUUUUUUUUUGUUUGUAAGCUUGUUUUGUUUUUGUUUGUUGUCUUUAUGUGUGUUUGUGUUGAGCUAAGUGCUAUAAAUGACUUUAUGAUACUUGUUUUAUCUGGUUAUGACUUUUUGAAGCGAUAAAAAUGUGCAAUCUGGGGGACUCAGCCUCAAAAGCUAUUUUUGUUAUCUGGAUCUUUUUUUGUGGCUCUCUCCAUUCUAUAUUUUUCUCUUUUUUAAUCUAACUUGAUUUGAGCUUUUUGAAUGGCUGAUAAAAUGUAAAAAAAUAAAGAGCGAGGUAGGACUCGAGUACAGUAAAGUACAAAUGGAAAGUAUUUUAAAAACAGCUUUAAUUUUAUUCCAGAUUUGACCGUCUAGACCUGAAUUUGAAAAAUUUUAAAACCCUAACCAGAAAUAACAACAAAAAUGUUUGAUUAUCGGUUAUUGAAGUUUGUAACUUGUAAGCUAUUAAAAUUCUUAUUAUUAAUUAUAAACAAAUUAAGGAUAAAUUGAUUGUCAAAGUAUGUCGCAACAAUAAUGAACGAAACAUUCAUAUUUUAUUGAAUAAAAACUUGCUUAUUUCAUCCUGAAUGAGAUUGUGAUCGGGAACAAUAUAAAGUAAUUGGAAGAAUGUAGUUCAACGUCGCUUGCAACUGAGAUGAAGUUGAGGCUACCCCUCUUUUAGAACUGGAUCCGUCACUCGAACUGAGUUCAAUUGCGAUUUUGCUUCUCAUGAUGACGAUGCCGACACACACAAAAAAAAUAUACAUAAAACUAAG